AUGCAGAGGAAUCGUCGUCAGCCGGAGGAGGAAGGAAGCGCGGAGCCGUGCGACAUCGGCAGGCGGACCUCGAAAACGGUCCGCCAGGUCGGCGAAGCUAGAAUAGGCCAGAAGGCCGACCGUGGCGCUGUUUCACUUAUGCGCAAUACCUACAAAAGAUGGGACGUCACAGACAUUGGGGGACGAUUAGAUGAGGAAGUGAAGUGUGACAAUGAUGCCGGGCACAUAGCCCCUCUGGCGUCCCGGCCUUUGAGAACGCUCCUGUCCAUCAAGACAUCCAUCCAGCGUUUUGUGCCCAUCGACGGCAAGACAGUGAAGAGAAGACACUCCGUGACUCAGUGGGCCGAGGUGCGGGGAGGUGGCACUCUUCAGCUAGGCCGGCACGUCAACGGGGCGACGGUGGUGGUUCAGGGCAAACACGAGAGCCCUCGGAUCUUCCGGUGUGUGGGGCUGAAGUCCAGCUGCGGCCUCUUUUCUCCCCUCAGGGUCCCCGCGCUCCCGGUGAAGAACUUGAAUGGUACGGGGCCAGUCCAUCCGGCCCUGGCAGGUGAGGGAUGAACGGGGAUCCUGCUGUGUGCCGCCGGCCUGCCCGUGUGCCUGACGCGGGCCCCCAAGCCCAUCCUGCACCCGCCGCCCGUGAGCAAGAGCGACGUCAAGCCCGUGCCCGGCGUGCCCGGGUGUGCCGCAAGGACCAAGAAGAAGCACCUCAAGAAGAGUAAGAACCCCGAGGAUGUGGUUCGAAGGUACAUGCAGAAGGUGAAGAACCCGCCCGAUGAGGACUGCACCAUCUGCAUGGAGCGGCUGGUCACAGCAUCCGGCUACGAAGGCGUGCUUCGGCACAAGGGCGUGCGACCAGAGGCUCGUGGGGCCGCCUCGGGCCGCUGCGGCCACAUGUACCACCUGCUGUGCCUCGUGGCCAUGUACUCCAAUGGCAACAAGGUGGGCGCCUGCAGUGCCCCACGGUGCAAGGCCAUCUACGGAGAGAAGACGGGCACCCAGCCGCCCGAGAUGCAGUUCCACCUCAUCCCGCACUCGCUGCCUGGCUUCGCCGACACCCAGACCAUCCGCAUCGUCUACGACAUCCCCACAGGCAUCCAGGGCCCUGAGCACCCCAACCCAGGCAAGAAGUUCACCGCAAGAGGCUUCCCGCGUCACUGCUACCUGCCCAACAACGAGAAGGGCCGGAAGGUGUUGAGGCUGCUCAUCACCUGGGAGCGGAGACUCAUCUUCACCAUCGGCACGUCCAACACCACAGGCGAGUCGGACACCGUGGUGUGGAACGAGAUCCACCACAAGACCGAGUUUGGAUCCAACCUCACGGGCCACGGCUACCCGGACGCUAGCUACCUAGACAAUGUGCUGGCCGAGCUCACAGCCCAGGGCGUGUCCGAGGCUGCAGCCAAGGCCUGAGGCCCGGGGGCGGCCCACCUUCCCUCCUGCUUUGCCCCUGGUCCGGCACUUGCCUCCCUCUGCCAGGCGCGUCCUGGUGGCCCGGGUUCAGGGCUGGGGAGGAGCCCGCGGAAGGAGCCAGAAGCGUCCUGGGGAUUUGGCUGAUGGCGGUUGGAACGAUGGGAGGAAGAUGGCAGGCCAGCCGGUUCCGACCCGUAGCUCCCUGAGGGCGGCGGAGAGAACACCGGAACCACAGUAACCUCCCUACGGAAAAGACAGAGCCCCACCCCCUCGCGCAAACACACGUGUCCUGGUGAACACACGCACGCACACCCACGUGCCUCUACUUACCCCCAGGCUGGGGGGAAAGAGACAGAAGACCCUGUGAUACUCUCCAUGUGGACUCCCACCCGCGUCUCUAUCACAUCUGUGUAGGCUCCUCUGCAGGCGGGAUUCAGCUCAAGCGCCUGGGGGAAAGGGGCCCCCUCUGCUACCCACUGAUGGGCACUUGUGGGCCCAGGGGGCAAACCCAGGUUAGUCAGCAGUUUUGCAAAGGGGCAGGCCAGAGAGAGGGGGACUAGAGGGACCUUGUUUUGUGCUUGUGUCUCUUCAUCCUUCUGGGACUCUCACCUCCUUCUUCUCCCCUCCCGUCCCCAGGCCUUAUGUCUGUCCCAGAUAAAGGCACUGUUCUCCUUUCCUCCCCAUCCUGUCCUCUCCGCCAAAUCGCUCCCAACGCCGAGAUCCAAAGGCUGGAUGAGGCCGAGCUUAGGCCAGCGGGUCUAGAAAAGCAGACGGACAGCAACGAGUCCAUUUCCCUUUCUUGGGAGUGGGCAGUGGGGUGGCUGAUGGUCUUGGCCAACCAGGGGCCUGUUGCCCAGGCAACUCACCAGCUCCGCCUCUGUUGAUUGGCUGCCGCGGUGGAAGUCAGCCAAGAUUUAAAGGGACGCCAGCGAUUGCUCUUUGGAAAACCUACCCGUCCCACUGUGGGUGGAGAAAUAAAUGGUCUUUCUCCUCA